AUGGGCUCGCGAAACCCAAAACGUAAACCCUUGUCCCGCAAAGAAAAACGUGAGCAAGAAUUUAAUGAAAUAGAUAAUUUGGAGGCUAAAUGUGAAGAAUUGUCACUCAAAGACAGGGAAUUCGUAAAUUUCUACGAACUUCCGUUAUCUUCGAAAACGCUAAAAGGGCUCAACAGUGUACAUUACCUAGAAAUGACUGAAAUUCAACGAAAAGCAUUGCCAGUUGCCUUAAAUGGACGUGAUGUUUUGGGUGCUGCAAAAACUGGGAGUGGGAAAACUUUGGCAUUUUUGAUUCCUCUUAUCGAAUUGCUCUAUCGAAAAAAAUGGACACAAUUCGAUGGACUAGGUGCUCUCGUCAUCGCGCCAACAAGAGAACUGGCUGUCCAAAUAUUCGAAGUUCUUCGAGCUAUCGGUCGACAACAUUCAUUAUCUGCUGGUCUUGUAAUUGGCGGAAAAAAUGUAAACAUCGAGCAAGAGCGUAUCAGUCGAAUGAAUAUUCUUAUAUGCACCCCGGGACGAUUGUUACAGCAUAUGGAUCAAACUGUAGGAUUUGAUUGCAGUAACCUACAAAUGCUAGUAUUGGAUGAGGCGGAUCGUAUUCUCGAUUUAGGUUUUGAGAAAACUGUGAACGCUAUAAUUGAGAAUUUGCCAAAACAGAGACAGACUCUUCUGUUUUCUGCGACUCAAACAAAAUCUGUUAAAGAUUUAGCAAGAUUGAGCUUAAAGAAUCCAGCUUAUGUUGCGGUACACGAAAAAUCGGAAUAUAGCACGCCACAACGUCUCGCGCAACAUUAUAUAAUAUGCCCAUUACCGCAAAAACUAGAUUACUUAUUCUCGUUCAUUAAGUCCCAUUUAAAAUCGAAAGUUUUGGUGUUCUUAUCAAGUUGUAAACAAGUCAGGUUCGUUUUCGAAACAUUUUGCAAAAUGCAUCCAGGUGUUCCAUUAUUACAUCUCCACGGAAAACAAAAACAAACAAAAAGAGUCGAAAUAUUUAAUAAAUUCUCAAACAUGAAAUGUGCAUAUUUAUUCGCUACUGAUAUAGCUGCAAGAGGUUUGGAUUUCCCGGCGGUAGAUUGGGUGAUUCAGGUUGAUGCACCUGAGGAUGCAGAAACCUAUAUUCAUAGAGUAGGUCGCACGGCAAGAUAUGAAGCCUCGGGACAAGGAUUGUUGUUAUUAUUGCCAUCCGAAGAAGAAGCUAUGAUUGAUGCAUUGAAGGCAAAGAAAGUUCCGAUAGAGAAAAUCAAUGUGAAGUCGAGUAAAAUUAUUAGUAUACAAAACCAAUUACAGUCAUUAUGCUUUCGUGAUCCAGAAAUCAAAUAUUUAGGACAAAAGGCAUUUAAGUCGUAUAUGAGGUCCGUUUAUCUUCAGAAAAAUAAAUUGAUUUUCAAAGUCGACGAACUGCCUGCAGAAAAAUAUGCCGAAUCUCUUGGCCUUCCUGGCACUCCAAAAAUAAAAUUUAUAAAGAAAUCCGAAACAAAGAAUGCAAUACGACAAAGACCUAAGCAAGUUUCAGAAUCCGAGCGAACAACAGAUGAAGAAGAUAAACAUUAUCAAAAGCUUAUUGAUCAUGAAGGCGAUAAAAUCGCCAUUGAUUCGGAAGAUGGUGAUUUAUUGAGUCUUAAGCGGAUUGAUCAUGAAUUGCCAGAUGAAUUAGAACAAAAGACUAGUGAACCAACUUCAAAACGAAAACUAUUAAAAGCUACAUCUAAAAAACUAUGGGCUAAAGAUUCUAAAAAAGGUCAAAAGCUGAUAUAUGAUGAUGAAGGCAAUCCUCACCAAGUUUACGAACUUCAAGACGAACGAGAAUUUCUAGCAGCGGGAGCCCCAGUUGUCCAAAAACAAGCAUUCGUCGAAAAAGAAUUGACAGCAAUGAAAAAUCAAGAUGCCAUCGAUAAGAGAAUAGCGAAGGAAAAACGCAGGCAAAAAAAAUUAAAAUAUAAGGCUAAAUUGAAAGCAGAAAUGGAAGCGCAGGAACUUGGUCCUAAAACCGUAUUGAUUAGCCCUCAAAGCGAAGACGACGAAUAUCAAGAGAGCCAAGAAGAGGCGGUGCAGCUUGAUAAACUUGAUGACAUAAAGAGCUAUGGAAAUAAACGGAAUAUCGAAUCCUUGCAGUCAGAUAAAGCGACUUCUGAUCAAGAAGAGUACGACGGAAAGCAAGUGCGUAAAGAUAACAAGAGAGCAAAAAUUUUGGAAGUUGAGGAACCAGAAACUUUAGAAGAUCAUGAAAAACUAGCUUUGCAAUUAUUAAAUGGGUUCUGA